CAACAAUCUGCAACAAAGUGAAUAGGGUUAUGAACACAUUUUAUAGUAUAUGGAACGGUGUGUUUUAUAAAACGUGCAUAAUUUCUGUGAUAAGUAUUAGUACGAAAAUAAUCUAACAGCUAAAAAAGUGUAAACAUUCAUAAUUUUAUUUAGGCGGCGCGGCGAUCAAAUUAAAAUAUUCCAGAAAUUUCUGGAUGUUAUGAGUCGCCGAGACUUUCACUUUCAGAUUCGUAGCAAAAACCUCUAUCAAAAUUCAAAAUUGACUGUUCCGUGGCUUUAUAAAAAUCAAAGUGAUGGAUCCGAAAAAAGCUCGAAGACCAGAAGAAGGCAUAGCUUAUCAAAUGCUUUUACAGGCACUAUUUGCUUUAUCUGGAAUCAAAAACUUCACAAAUUGGACGAUAUCAAACGAAGUUACAUCCGCGGGAAAAUUCGAUGAUCUCGUAUUUGAAUCAGAUGAAAAGUGUAUGUUGUUACAAGCAAAAGUUAAAAGUGGUAUGAGGUAUACUAAAGAUUUUAUGACUGUAAGUCCAAUUAAGAAAAUAUGUGAAUUCAGUAUAGCAAUGUAUUUAUUAUCGUAUAUAACUUUCAAGAAAUCCUUUAAAAUAACACGUAAUUCCUUAAUAUUAUGUACUGCUGCCACGCUGAAAGUUGCUGAUAUUAUGGAUGAAUUACCUGCUAACGAAUAUUUGCAGCAAAUAUUUGGCAACAAGAUAUUGACGUAUAAAAUUAAAAAUGAAGAAGAAAUGGUUGAGAAGCUUUUAGACACAGUAGACCAGUUUAAAAAUAACAUCGAUGAUAAAGAUAGUAACGAAGAAAAGAAACAAUGGAAACGUUUGGUUAUCGACAGGGAAGACAUUAAAUCAUUUAUGUCUUCUUUUGUUGUUGUUAACAUUAAACUCAAGAAAAUCAAAUCGUUAAUUAAAAGCAAAUUAAGUGAACUUAAGUAUGAGUUUCCAGUAUCAUCAUACGAAUAUGUAAAAGAUCAUGUAGAAGAGUGGUCUAAUUUAUCACUUAACAACUUUGUGCCUAUGACAAAAGACUACUUGAUCUUUAUUUUGUGUGGGGAACACAACCGAAAUUUUCUUCAGAAGUUAGUCAAUACUAAAAUUUAUUUCAAAGAAAGUUAUCAGUUUAAUUCAGACAAUAUUAUAUGUGUUCAAGUAAACGAUAAUAUUGCUAUGCAUCUAAUUAAAAUUUUAAGAAGCAUUCAAAAAUCAGAAACGUCUUCCUUACCUCUAGAAGAAAACACAUUAUGUUUGAUGCAAAAAAUGGAAAAUACAUUUUAUGAAAUAAAAUAUACAAUGGAAUAUAAUGUUAUAUGUGAUAUGAUAAACACAUUUAGAUGCGACAAAAUUAAAUACUUAGUCGUUUCGUUUUUAUCACUUAACGAAGAUCAAACGUUAGAAUUGUAUAAUAAGCUAGAUUUGAUUACUAAGGAAGAUCCAAAUAAAAAAGUAUUUAUAAUCACUAAAGAACAAUAUUUGCAAAACAGUGAAAUACUAGUCAAAACAAUUAAUGAUAAAAUAUACUUUAAUUCGCUAGAAACUGAUACACAACAAUACAUUUUAGGCAAAAAAAUUUCGUUUCAAGGAGAAUUGGUAACACUAAUGGAUUUAAUUAAUAACACCAAAAAUAUUAACUCUGGACUUAAUGAAAUUAAGAUUGAUGAAUGUCUUAAAAAGAUAAUAUUUAACGAAGAAAAUUACUCGAUAGGUUCUAAUUUACAAAUCUCAUCAAAACCUGAGGAAUUCUAUGUUGAAAGAAGCCUAAUAUCUAACUCGGAAAUAUUUCCGGAGACAAAGUUUUUCGAAAAAAUAGACAAAAAUAUAGUUGUUGUUACAGGUCCACCUGGUGCAGGCAAAACAACUUUAUUGAAACAAAUUGUAUCACUCAAAAAACUUAAAGACAAAACAGAUUCCAAAUUGACGUGGAUAAUUAAUAUUGACUUAAAAAAGUCUAAAAAGUUUUUCCGAAAUGCUAUUGGAGAAACCUUGAGUGAUCUAUUGUGUUAUAAUGAAAAUAUAACUCCUAAUAGCUCCCAUUUAGCUCAUUUUGAAAGAAAACUAAUCGAGUCUAUGAAUAAAGUUUUGAUUAUAGAUGGUCUUGACGAGAACUGCCCCGAAGAUAUCGAAAAAAUACGAAACUUAUUAGCAGAUCAUAAUUCCCUUCAGGAUUUGAAUAUUUCUUUGGUUCUAAUGGGUGCCAGAGAUUACGAUUGUAUCUUGAAAAAAUUAAGGAGUCUAAAUGGUUGUGAGUUAGUUAGACUAUGUACAUUUUCACCUAGAGAUCAGUCUUCUUUUCUUAAAGGAUACCUUAACAAACUAAUACCUGCAAAUAGUGAACAUGAUAUAUUUGAGAAGUUAACACAUUUUGCUCCUGCUUUUAAACAUAUUUGUUCAACGCCACUAUCGUUAAAAAUGGUUUCUAAAAUAAUAAAAAAUAAAUUAUCCAACGGUGGUUCUAUCGGAUUCUUAUCAAAGGUUCUUUGUAAUAUUUCAAACGUAUAUGAUUUCUAUAAUUGUUAUUUAGAGGUAAGGAAAGACGAAUUUGCACAAGAUGACGAUAUAUACCGUCAGGCAUUUGACAGGUAUAUAUACUCGCUAAGAAAGUUAGCUGCUAACAAUUUGUUUUCCGAUAAUCUUUUAAGUUUGCUUAAUGUUGAUGCUAGUUUUGAAAUUGGUAAAGAUGCUUUAAACGUUGGAGUAUUAAGGGAAUCGCAUGAAGGGUAUGAAUUUGUUCAUAAAACUUUUGAGGAAUAUUUUGCAGCGGAAUUGCUAUGGGAUUGCCUUUAUAAGAAGAAACUUAGUUCUGAUGCAUUGCUCGAAAUUCUGAAUACAGUAUUUUUAAACAAUCAGUAUGUAGGGGUUUCGGAUUUUUUUGAAAAAAUUUUGGAAAUUAAUCAGAAUAAAGAUAUUAUAUCUCGAUUAUCUAUGGAAUACAAUUUAGCACUUACUAAGGUGUAA